UUACCCGGAAGUAGCGUGAAGGUCUUUCGGCGAUGUUGGGAGUUUAGAUAACGUUUCACUGUUGUGGGUGCAGUGCCGAAUCGAAAAUGGGUGUUAAAAUAGAGAUGUUUAGAAUGAUGCUGUAUAUUUCCUUCCCCGUGACCAUGUUCUGGAUAUCAAAUCAAGCAGAGUAUUUUGAAGAGUACAUAGUAAAGAGAAAGAGGGAGAUCUUCCCCCCUGACGAAGGGCUGCGCAGGAAAGAGAUGGAGGACUUCAAAGAGCGAAUGCGUCUUCGUAAGGAGAAGCAACUAUUACAAAAGAUUUCUAUGGUGUCUGAGAAUUGAAGAUUAUGUUUUUGAAGAACUGCAUAUAUUCCGAACCCCACAGAUGAAGUAUUAUUUGGCUGUAUUUAUUGGAUAAUACGAAAACUUGGUGGGACUGGAGUAAGAACAUGACGCAUCGGAAAGUUAACACAUCCCAAAUGUGUGUUGGGCGUUCCUCGUAUGCCAUGUGGGAUUUAAUUGUUUUCACCAAAGACUUUUCAGAUACCAGAAUUCUGUGUUUAAAUGGCUGAUGAGUUGCAUUGUCAUACAAUUGUUAUUUGAGUUAUAUAUCCAGUUGGAUCUAAUGUAAUUUUCAUAAUUUAUUUUUAUGACGAGAAAUACCUAUUAAAUGUAGAUAUUCUUCUCCAUGUUUAGUGUUUUACAACAUUGUAUCACAGUGGCUGUAAUUGAGAAUUGUUUAUAAUGAUGAACAGAAAGAGACAAAGGCAUAAAGCAAAUCUCCAUAAACUGAUUUUGAAUUGAGCACAAACCAAAAAUACAAAAUAGCUGAUUGUAUAUUUACUUCAUAUCCGAUUUGAUUAGAGGCACAGAUGGCGGCAACUAUUACUUUUAGCUUUUGAUUUACAUUCUGGGUAACUUUUGGUUUAUGUUCUGGGUUAUCUUAUUGGAAAAUAAAAUGUCACAUUCACUGGUCUGCAGUAGGUUCUUAUGUUUUUGCUGCAUUCAUUGUAAAUGAAAAACAAACUCUGCACCAGUGAUGAUUCAGUUGUGUGAUGCUGUGACAAAUACAUUAUUUUAUUGUAUGCAUAUCACUGUUGUAAAAGCCUUAUUUCAUCUAAUGGGUUUGUAUAAAAACAGUUGAGGGGGUGGAGGAUUUUGACGCAAGAGACAUUGACUAUGUGUAUGGUUCUUGUAAACAUAUCAUUUUAAUGCUGUUUUUCAUUAAAGUUGAGGUUGGUUUUGUUUUACGACUUUCAGCACUGAUGGUUGUGCUUGGAUUUAAAGAUGUAUCUGAUGUGCUGUACAUCCUACGGCCACAUCUCUAACCUUGGGUUAAAGAUGCCGCUUUGUGACCAGAGGAGAGCUGGCCAAUAUUUAUAUUAACAUGGGCAGAGGCAUUGACUAUGCAAAUCAUCUCUGGUGGGGAUGAGUAAGCCUAUAGGUGGGAGAUUGACCGUCUGGUGACCUGGUGCGGAAUAUACAUCUAAAGGCUCAACGCUUCCUGGGCUCCACCAUAAGGACCUCAAGUGGGAGUUGAACAUCAGCGCCAUCUCCAAGAAGGCUGCAGCAAAGGAUGUUCUUCCUGAGGCCACUGAAGAAGACCAUGAUGGUGCACUAAUGCACUGCCAUCAUUGAGUCCAUCCUCUCCUCCAUCACACUGCCAAGGACAAGAGCAGACUGAUGCGUAUCAUUCGCUCUGCUGAGUGAUUUACUUUUCUCUUUGAUCAUACAUGAGACACUUUGAUAACAUACUUGUUUUUACAUACUCUUAUUUGUUUGCCAUAUAUUAUUGUACAAUUUUAUAUUUUAAAAUCGCACUGUGUUUAUUGUUAUGCACCAAUCAGCUAUUCAAAUACCUUGUACGUAUAUGGAACUUGGCAAUAAACCGUUUCUGAUUUAA